CACCGAUCAUGCAAAAAUUGACAUAUUUUUCUCCUUCGUAGUGGAACGCAAAAUUUUUGCAACCGAAACGAAAAACUUUAGGAUUUUAUCAAAUUUUGCUGCCAAAUACAUUUCUAUGUGUAUUCUUUAUAUCGUGAUUAAUGUCUAGAGAUAUGGCAGGUUUGGAGGAGUACGAGAGGUAUCUGGAAGACGAUGAAGACCAGUUAGAUAAUAUACCUCGGUUUCAUCCAACCUUUAAAUCCCCGCAUGAGGCGACGCAUUAUCAGUUUAUAAACUCGGAACGAGAUUUGACGCUUCCGCUGCAAAAGCACAAAAAUGUCCAACCGCUUUACGAAAGUCCUGAAGAUGAAAUUUCACUCCGGAAAUAUUUGGGCGCCAGUGUCAACCUGAUAAGCCUGAUAACGGAGAAUCUGCUGUGCCAUCCGUUUAUGGUGCUCCGGCGCCAGUGUCAGGUGCAUCACAACUCAAGGAAGUAUCACAUUGUGCCCCUGACCCUGGUGCCGGUUAUCGUCCAUCUUCAUCAGCGGCAAGGAGUUACCACUCUGUGGAAGGGAGUAGGAAGUGUUCUUCUAGUGCGAGGUCUAACUUUGGCUGUGGAGGACGUCGUUUCAAAAUUUACACCUUGGCCGAAGGAAGUAAAUUCAAAAACUACUCUGAAGCAGUUUGGACAACAUUUAUUACUUAAAUGCAUAAGUUUAGCCACAAUUGUUCCAUUUUACUCCGCGUCCUUGGUGGAAACGGUCCAAAGUGAUAUCGCUAGCGAAAAACCCGGAAUCUUCGAUGUGUUUCGUGAAGGUGCCAGUCGUUUAGUUUCGUGGAGCGCACCCCAGAGAGGCCGAAUGCUACCAAUUUGGGCGCUAGUUGGUCCAAGCAUAUCGCUAGGAAUAUCCAAAUACAUUUGCCAGCUCUUCAUAAGAGGAAUUUCCACGCGGAUCAUGUGUCGCCGUGUAACGUUCUUCGAGGAGAAGCGAGGUGCGCGUACUCGUGAUUUCACCGCUCAAAGUCAGGUCAUAGAAGUGUACUCCACGAUGAUCUCGCUCAUGACCACGGAGAUUAUCUUCUAUCCGUUCGAAACAAUCCUACACCGAAUCCAGCUGCAAGGAACUCGCACCAUCAUCGAUAAUUUGGACUCUGGAUACUCAGUGGUUCCGAUCCUUACCAGCUACGAGGGAGUCGUUGACUGCUACCGUCAGACCAUCGCCACCGAAGGUGUUUCCGGUCUGUACAAAGGCUUUGGAGCGAUGCUGCUUCAAUUUGCUGCGCACGUUGCUGUGAUAAAGUUGGGCAAAUGGAUCAUCACGCAAAUCUCGGAGAUCAUGUCUAACAAGCCUCCACCAAAGGUAGCCGAAUACUACAAUCUGGAUGCGAAAAAUUCCGGUGGAUCAGCUAGCAUGUCCAGAAGCAUCAGUGGGAUAAGCUCCCUCAGUGAGGAACUGUCUUAAGUCAAAAUUAAUAGCGAUACACGGAAUUAUUAAAGUUGUUUCAUUACAUAAGACACCUUA